AUGGGUGUGGAACAAAGAGGUAUCCACCGUAUACAACCCCAUGAGCGUGGAACAAAGAGAGAGCAGUUCAUCUCGGCAAUCGGGUUCUGGCUGUCUGCAGCAGGUGGGUUAACAACUCUUUCGAGUUUUGUGCUUGCAUCUACAGUCUACAACUUGUCCUUCAGACAAGCAUGUAUCUGCGGUAUUAUAGGCCAGUUUCUCGGGUGUGCCAUCGCUGCAUACUGCUCAACAAUGGGAUCAAGAAGUGGUUGUAGACAGAUGGUUACAGCUCGUUACCUCUUUGGCUGGUGGUUUGUCAAGUUUGUGUCACUGAUAGGGUGCCUUGGUGGUACCGGUUGGAGUAUCGUGAACUGUGUUCUUGGUGGCCAGAUACUGACUGCCAUCAGUGACAGCAGAGUCCCAUUGUGGGUUGGCAUAUUAAUCGUCGCAGCAGUGACGUUGGUGGUGGCGUUGUUUGGUAUCAAGUUGGUGCUCAGAUUUGAGAAGUACCUGGCCGUCCCAGUGUUCAUAACAUUUGUGCUUAUCUACAUCUGUGCAUCUGAUAAGUACCACUUGCUGGCCACGUAUCAUAACGACCUUGAUGCAACUACGUACAAGGGAAAUUGGCUUUCGUUCUUCUCACUGACAUAUUCCGUCACUGCAACUUGGGGUACUGUGUGUUCUGAUUACUAUAUCCAAUUCCCAGAGAAUACACCUGGUUACCAGACGUUUAUCCUCACGUUCCUAGGAAUCGGUAUUCCAUCGACUUUUGUCGCAGUCUUUGGCUUGAUCUUGUCCACUUUGGCAAUGGUGGAUGAGGAUUACUCAACGGCAUAUGCGUUGUACGGUACUGGUGGUUUACUCGAACAGGCGUUUUCACGCUGGGGAGGAUUUGGCAAAUUCUGUGUCGUUAUUAUGCUGUUCUCUCUUGUGUCGAAUAAUAUAUGUAACACCUAUUCAUCUGCUUUUGCAUUCCAACUACUUGGACGUUUCUUUGCAAAGAUCCCAAGAUGGAUCUGGGUUCUCGUCAUCACGGCGAUUUACUUUUGCUGUUCCAUUGCAGGUCGUUAUCACUUCAGUGAUUUCUUGGGGAACUUCCUUCCUAUGAUUGGUUACUGGAUCUCAAUGUACUUCUUCUUACUGCUCGAGGAGAAUGUGAUAUUCAGAGAGCAUUUCCACCAUCUUUACACCAAAGAGUUUCCUCCAGGUCAAGAUGACAAAGUUGAUGAACUCACACCAUCCCACAAGAAAGCAAAGAGACAGCUGUACAACUGGGACGCAUGGAACGAUCCAAGUAUUCUUUCUCAUGGAUUUGCUGGCGGGUUCGCCUUUUGUUGUGGAAUUGCCGGUGCAGUGUUGGGAAUGGCCCAAGUUUAUUACGUUGGUCCUAUCGCUGCACAGUUUGGAGAAUAUGGAGGUGAUCUCGGUAUGUGGCUGAGUAUGGGAUUCUGUGGAGUUACUUAUCCACUCCUAAGGUAUAUAGAGUUGAAGAAAUUCGGUCGUUAG